UCUCCUUUUUUUCAAGUGAUGCAGUAACGUUUGAUCCUCAGAGGAUUUCUGCAGACAUGGAGCUUCUACCACUUCUGUCUCUGAGCUUCUGUUUCCUGACUUUGUCCGGACUGACGUUUGCUGCUGAAUCCGGACCACCUGACACCAGAGUGAUUGUGAUAGAAGACGAUGAUGUCAUUUUACCCUGCUCCCUCAGCACCAAUGAGAACAUUGAGAAAAAACUGUUUGUCUGGAAGAAGGAAGGAACAGUUCCUCUAAAGGAGGUGUUCAUGUUUGACGCCGGCACAUAUAGCAAAGGUCAAGACGAUGAAUUCAAAGGUCGAGUCUCACAUUUUCCAGAACAGCUGAAGUACGGCAACGCCUCCAUAAGAAUAAGUAAAACUAAGCUGGAGGACCAAGGAAACUACACCUGUAGUUUUCCAGUGAUCCAGCCCAGUGUUAAAACAUCCCGCAUUGAGCUUGUUGUUGAGGGCAUAUUAAAGGUCCGAAACGUCCCAGGUGCAGCUCCAGACCCUUAUGUCACAAAUCUUAAAGAAACAAAUGACUGGGCGCUGCUUAAGUGUGAUGUAAAGGGUGCUUACCCUGAACCUACAAUUGAGUGGUGGAAUAGUAACAAUCAAACCAUUCCUUCUGGGGAGCCACAGGUUUCUAAAAAAGGAGAGCGCUUCUACAUCACCCUCAAAACUACUGUGAAAAAGACCGACUACUAUCGCUGUGUUGCCACGCAGAAGGACAUCCAUCAUCAAAUAUAUACAGAAAUCAAUGUGCAUUUGAAUGAUGUCCGAUCGGGGACUGGAAUAAUUAAAGCUACUGUUUUUUCUGUUAUUUUUGGAAUGAUUGGAGUUUUUGUUGCUGUUUAAUUUUACUGCAAAUCUUGAGCUGCAAAAUCACAGGAACAGUGUAGGGCAUCCAGUUAUCGUAAAAAUCAAAGACCACACAAACAAUUCUCUCCACUUCUGAAAUUCUCUGCAGUGAUCUGAAGCUGUGCAAAGGAUGGAAGAAAAUCUUCACGUCAAAGAGCUCCACUCCAGUUUUCCCAGGAUGUGAAGAUGUACACUGGAGUGUUAUUAAGAACCUUUUAUUUCCUGGACAGGUGUGAUGAAACUAAAAAAAAUUCAAAUUGGUCACAGAGCUGUUUGAUAUAAUUUGCCUUAUUUGUAAUUCUUUUUUUAAAUGUGAUGUGAGGUUAAAAAAGAUCAUAGAAUAAAUGAUGACAGUAAAAAAUCAAAGUGACACAAAAGGGACCAAACUAUAAGAGAGUGACCUGAGAGGUUUGUGUAUGACUGAGUGUGGAUGAAUAUCUGCAAGUAAACUGGAAAAACAUCAAAUAAAAGUGCUCUGGAGCUAAAAUGCAUUCAACAUUAAUUCAGUUGUAAUAAACAUGAGCACUGUUAAAACCUCAGCAUCUGUUUUACCAGUGCUCUUUCUGGAUGCUGAGAAA